AACGAUUCGUAGGUCGAAGAUUCAAGGUUCGAGGUCGCAUAAGGAAAAUAAAAAUGAGGAGAAUAACAAUAUUUUGAGAUCUGAUGUCGCUCAAAGGAGUGGAAAAUAGAAGGCGAGAACGUACAUGGAGCGCUUGUCUCGCUGUAUGUUAGCGCUUCCCUUGUAGAUGUUAAGGGCGCUCCCGUUCUACGGAGAAGAAAUCCGAUUUUCGGAAAUUUGGCGAGGAUUUCGAUCUCGUGCCACAUUUCGAUCUCUGGGCGAGCGAGAGCAGCUGGUGGGCUUGCCUGUGGCGUGGGGACACGGGCCGCAGCAGCGAGGUCGUGUUGGAUUGUCGGCCUUCUCACCAUUAUGCGAAGCGUAUUCCUUGAGUCACUGUAAGAAUCAGCAAAAGCGUGGAGUUCUGCUCUCGCAUGGAGGCUGCAUUCUUGGAAACGACAGCCACUGUGUACUCUCCCAUCGCCGAUUUUCUUUAGAUUGCGAAGGAGCUUCGAGUGUUCAGUUUGAUUGCCGUGGAGUGGAGCCCGAAUCGAUCAGAAGAGGCUUUUUGGGUUUUUCUCUUAUAAGGCUGUAAGCAGAAUAAUGCUUGUUGUAGGAUGGCUAGGAAAUGUGUAAAUCGGUAGAAGGUUCUCUUUCGACAUCACAAGCGGACAUGCAUGCGAAUGAAUCUCCCUAACUGCCACUACGACAGAACGAGCCGAAGAAUUUUUGGGGGUGAAGUAUCAAGGUUUUCCGUAGCCUUAAGGAAUUGAACAUCAUGAAGCUCAAACAGCUAGAAUCGAUACUGGGAGAUGUUACCCAGUUUUCAAGCCCGAAGAUUGACUUGGAGCAAUACCCGACAGGCCCGCACAUCGCAAGCCGACUGAUCUACACGGCGGAGAACUCGUUUGGAGAUAUCUCCGAUAAGGUGGUAGCUGAUUUUGGGUGUGGGUGCGGCACGCUGGGCAUUGCUUCUUCGCUGUUAGAAGCAAGUCAUGUCAUUGGUGUAGAUAUUGACUAUGAAGCUUUGGAAAUGGCGCAGAGCAACACUUCGGAGCUAGAGGUGGAGAUGGACUUCGUACUGGACAACAUUCAAGACCUUGCCUGGCGAGGUCCAGUGGUCGAUACCGUUGUCAUGAAUCCACCUUUCGGAACCAGAAGGAAAGGUGCCGAUAUGGAGUUUCUGGCAGCAGCUUUGAAGUGUUCCAAGACGGCUGUUUACUCCUUGCACAAGACUUCCACAAGAGAGCAUGUACGACGAGGAGCUUUGAGGGACUUCAAGGCAAAGACAGCAGAAGUUUUAUGUGAGCUACGGUAUGACCUACCUGCUUCGUACAAAUUCCACAAGAAGCGAGAGGUGGACAUUGCUGUGGACUUGUGGCGCUUCACCGUUUCCUGAUAUUGCUAUGCUUAGCACCUUCACAUCUUUUUUGGAAGAAGUUCGACUGCUUUCUUCGCUGGAAGUUGUAAUGCACUUUUGUUUUCCAUCGCAUGAGGGUAAGGUAGGGCGGGGCACCACCAUAUGAAACACGACGAAAAAGCGCAACUCUGUGGAAACUGGCUCGAUGUGAUGGGUGCAAGGAGCCCUUAGGACGGGAAAUUGUCACGGACUGUUCUCAGCCGGAGAAAGAAUUAAGAAGAAUGCGAAGAGUCUUCGGUUGUAUACUUGUUUCAAGGUUUCAAUAUGAUGAAAGUGGAGGCUCACAGCCCUUUUAUCUUUUUCUGGUCUUUGCAAAUUGUUUCAGUUUCACUGCAGCUUUCUC